CUGUGUUUACUCUUUCAUAUUAGGUCAUUGUGACUGAGAAUACAUAAUCCAACACCGUCUUUCUAACAGCCACGUCUUUCUGUCGUAAAGCUGCUGGAGCACAGUCUCGCUGUGUGUAACCCGGAGGACGUGUUUAAGGCUUUAGACAGAUAUUGUUUUUCUUGUAUUGCAUUGGUCGCAUCUUUACGUUACAGCUUUGAGAAGGAAACAUGUCUGAUUUAAUUCUGGUGCUCCUGGUACUCGUGCUCCUGGUUUGUUUGGUUGUGACAGUGGCUGGCUUGGUGGUGUACUCGGGACUCCUGUCUGAUGUGAUCAUAAAGACUGGGCCACCUCCUGUCAGAAAUGUUAUCAUUGCUUAUAAGUUCAAAGAAGGAUCGUACAAGGACUCCGGUGCAGGCUACACAGAGUGCUGCAGCAUUGGGCCAAAGCUGAGCACCGUCGGUGUCUUCUACGAUGACCCCAAACAGAGGCCAGCGGAGAAAUGUCGCUACGUGGUGGGCAGUGUCCUGUGCGAGGGUGAAGAGAAGCCAGAUGAAGAACUGCAGAAGACGUAUGAGAAGUUUGGAUUCAAGGUGUUUUCUCUGCCUGAAGUGAGCCACGCUGUGACCACCAGCUUCCCCUGCACCACCCCUCUGUCUCACGUGCUGGGACCUUACAGGGUCUACCCCAGGCUCGCUUCCUACAUCGAGGAGAGAAAGCUGUGUGCAUUCCCGACUAUUGAGAUCUGUGGCCCAGAUGUCAUCAACUACAUGGUUCCACUCUCUCGCCAGACAGACUUCUUUGUUCCAGAGAUGAAGGAUGAGGUUAAAACAGACGUUAAAGAAGAGGACUCUGACGAGGACAGAGGAACUGACAUUACAGGUGCAGACUCCCACAGUGAUGUGAGCUCAGUGAGCGGCGGUGUGCCCUGGGACAGCAGAGAGACAUCCCUGGCUGCUUCCACAGCCGCCUCCCUGGCAUCCUCCCUGCCUCUGAGGGACGUAAUGGAUGCAAAUGAAGACAUUAAGCAUAGGGACAACAGCGAGAGAGGCUCAAACGAGUCCAUGGGCAGCGGCUCAUCCUUUGAAGAGCUUGACAUGGAUCAGGAGGAGCAGGAGGCGGGAGAAAGGAGGGAGGAGAAGGGAGAUGGAGAUGGAGAUGAGGCGGAGGACCCUGAGGGUGAAGACGGAGCUAGAGAAGCAGUUGAACUGGUGGCUGAGAAGAAGAAGGAGCCCGUGGGGGAUGGAGAGAGCAGGGAGGAUGCUGAAGAGAUAAGAGAUGAGGCCAUGUAACACCGGCAUGCUAGAGAGUUUCUCGGUUGAUGCUGGUUAUCAGUCAUGUAAUCUUGUUGGUGGAUCUAAAGCUGUUCAUGCCAUGACCACCGUGCCGUAUUUCUGCGCCUUCUAAUUCUUUUUUCUGAAGCCUGUACUUUGUUAUAGUUUAAUCUCAUUUUUAAUAAAUAAUUUCUGAUCCUAUAUAUAAACUCUGUCAGAAUAGGACAUCAGACAGCUCCAUUUGGUUAAGUCUUCUUGAGUUAACGUAUUUUUUUCUCUGCACAUGGUGUGCAGCAAAUGGGAGGCAAGAUUUGUUCAACUCUAUAUUAUAUUUUAACCUUUCAAACAUUUUAAUCCUGUGUGAAUCCCCCACCAUUCCUGUUCAGAUAGGAGGUGACAUUUCAGUCUAAGAUCUACUUGAAUAGAAGGACAUUAACACCAGAUAACCUGGAUCAUAAUAUAGCAUCAUUUUUCCUGUGUGUGACAGUUGAUAUUGUACCCCACUUUCAAGGUCAUGUUUGAGGAUUUGUAUGUAACGUGUUGGUGUACAUUACCCGACUUUGGUGUUUUGAUAUACAGUAAUGAUGGUAAUGAUAAUGUGCAGGAGCUCAUUUUGAUGGACCUAUUUAAGUGUGUUAUUCUUUUUUUCCCCCAAUUUGGACAGUAUAUAUAUCCCACAGUGGAAAACUCUGAGGCAGAAAAAAACAGUAAAGUAACUUCACCGAAGCCUCCAAGAUGCCAGGAGUAGAAUUUAAGAUACAAUUCAAAGGUGUAAACUUUUCCCCUUGGAUACUGUAGUGUACAAAACUGUAUUGUCUCACUGUGCUCAGAUAAUUGCUUUAGUUUUUUAAUGUAAUGUUCAGAGUGAACCACUCUGCAGUUCUGUUUGUAGCCAAAAUUCACUCUCUUCCAGAGACUAGUUGUGAUAUGUUUGUAGGUUGAAAUUGUUGGUGCUGUGAGACAUUGGAGGUAAUGUACAGCACAUUGCCAUGGUUGUGUUUUUCUGUCUGUAUUAAAAUUUUCAAAUGAAAAGUAAAGUUGACAGGAAGAAGUUGUGCAUAGAUUUUGUUGCCCACAGAAAUCAUAAAACCCUUAUUCCAUACAGUUGUCUGUAUUAAAACUUAAAAUUGAGGUUAUUUUUAACAAAGCCACAUCGUUACUGCUCUACUCUGAGGACAAUUCUUAUCCAUUGUGUUGUGUCUGUAUCCCAACUGAGAGAUGUAACAGUGUGGGUGGCAGUGGGACACAUUGUUUUCUAAAAGUUAGCUCCUAAUACCUUAUCAA